CUUCAAGGACUAUAUUAUAAUAUCAAGUAUAAUUUUGCCAGUAGUGUAUCAAUCCAUCAUUGAAAAACGUAAGGAAAUCGUUGACAAACGUAAGGAUGUAAUUGAGAAUUACAGUGCGAAGUUUGGUUUAUUCCUUCAAACCAUGGGAAUAAUUGAGCAGCAAAGAUCUAGGGAUGUAAUGGAGGAAUUCCUGGAAGAAAGGGAUAAAAGUGGUUAUAAGAAGGCAGAAGCCGCAGAACUGGAUGAGUAUCACCAAAUUCUGCAGUUAUUCUUGAAGGGAUUGAAGGCUAGGCCUGAAGAAAGCGAUCCUUUAAAUCUGGAAAGCGAUAAAGUCAUUCGCGAAUUGGUAGAAACGCUCUUGGACGCUGUGGAGCCAAAGGACAUAGCAGCAGCUAAGAAGAGGGCAGAGCAUGAGAAAGCUCUGGACGACUGCAAGAAGAAAUUGAAUGAUAAUGGAGAAGGAAAGCCCAAGUAAUGUGAGAAAUCAUGUGCUGAUGACCAAGAAUUUAACUCUUAGGUAUGACUAGUUUUGUUCAGAUUCAUUUAAAGUUGUCUGAUUGUCUCUGAUUUAGGUAUAUGUUAGUGUCUGAAGUUAGUUUGGUCUGUUCAUAUUUAAUAUCUUAUGUUUGUUUGAAUCCAACUCUCUUGAUAGGAAAGGAUAUUAUAUAGAUUUGAGUGGGGGUAAAUUGGGAACACAAAAAGGGUAGUUUGGGCAUAUGGAUGGUUUGAACUUUUGAGUCAAAUUUUCAUAGUACCAUAAGAGAUAGCACUAUAUUCUUCAUGGAGGCCAAAAUCAUCUGUCCUGAAUUUUUUGGUGUUGUAAUGAUUUUCAACAUCAUUACUUACAAAAACAGAUUUAAUGUCUUCGGAUUACAAGAGAUGGUUUUGCCUUAUGAUAUGACUGUCUUUAUGGAAAUUUAUUUUUAUUUUUUAUUAUUUUUUUUUUUUCACAAUUAGUGUCUCUAUGCACCUAUAUUAAGUAAAUUUAAAUUAAUUGAUAAGUAUUUUUUUUAUUUUAUGAAAAUCAAAUUGAGAAUGUUAAUUUAGAAUAAGGAUUAAAUUACACAAAGCAUCCCUUAAAUUUUCAUCAUUUAUUGGUCAACUAUCCUUAAUCAUUGACUAUACACAUUGACCUAUUGACCUCCAUUUUUUGAGUUGAGCUUAAAAUCAGUUUGUUCUAUUAAAAUAAAAUAAAAAACUAGACAAAACUAGCCUUCUUGUUUUGAGAAGACCAAAUUGUCCAUUCAUGUCAACUAAAAUUACACCUUCACCCAUGAAUAUUAAUGUGGUCAUUGUCCUCUCGGUCUCUCAUUACAUCUCUAUCGAAUUUAUUCAUCAAGGAGAAGGCCUGUUACUGGAUCACAUACAAGCACAUCGCAAACUAGUCAUGUUAGGCGGUGGCGUGCGUUUGGGACUACGUUUGGUUGUGAUUACUAAUUUUUUGAUUAGCUCAUUCGUUUCAAAUAGUUUCUAAGUGUUUUUUUAUUUAUUUAUUUUAUUUUUUUAUAACAGAUACCCAAAAUCAAAUAUGGCAAAUAAGUGCUUCUGCAUGUGUUUGUUGUAUUAUAUGUAUGUAUGUAUAAGAGAAGAAAGAAAGAGAAAGAAGAGGGGCAAACACGUAACUUAAAUAUACCAACUCCCCUUCCAGAUUCUUUUUUUUAAACCAACGAUUUUGUGCAACAAGGUCAUAUGAGUAAAUUCAUUUUCAUCCACCAAAAGUUAACUAGUCAACAUAGGACUUUCUGUUAUAUCUUGUCUACUUCUAUAAUAGUGUUCCAGAUGAAAAUGUCCGAGUGAAGAGAGAGACAGGAGUUUUUUCGUUUAUAUAAAGUGAGAUCUUGUUUUGUACACGUGGCACUUAAACAUUACAAGCCUCCGUGUCGGUUGGUCUUCAGUUGAUUUCUGUACGAUAAAGAUAGUACUAAAUUCACCAAUCACAAAAGUCUCUUUUUCUGUGAUUAUAUUAUUGCCUGCUGGUGGGCUUUUGCUAUAUACAUGACUUCUACAAUAGCUUACCCUAAUCUAAUCUACAUAUUUUAAAAGAGUAAAUGAUAUUUAUAUUGAAUAUUUAUAUUGAAUUGUCUAAUCGAAUAAUUUUUAAUUAAUUAUUUAUAUUAAAUAUAAUUAAGUGAAGAUAACAGGUCUACCAAUUCAGUAUAACUAUUCGGUGUAAGAAUCAUUUUUCAUUUUACAUUUUGUUGAAAGAGAUAGAUUCUAUAUGGACCGAAUUCUCCCUCCGUCAUUUCAUCAUUUGUUGUCCUGAUAUUACAUUACAUUUUUUACACAGCAAUUCAUAUUACUUAUGAGCUAUGUUAGAACUUUACAUGAAAUUAUUAAGUGGUCCACAACCAUUUCAUCAUGCCAUUAUCACGAAAUGUGUCUGUUUUUAUACCGCUUGUUGGUGACAUAACAUGUUUUUGAUUGAUUGGGAUCACCGAACUAUUUAAAUUUAAAUUUUUAUCCAACUUUGCAUCAUUUAUACAGCAACAAUAAAAUUUUCAUAUAAUGUGUUCCACUAGCAAUGUGUAAGGUACACAGAAUUCCCUCUACAUCUGGGCUACCUCUACAGCUGGGCUAUGUUAAACCAUAAUUUGACUCGGACUCUCUCCAAUUAUAUGAUUGGAAUUAAAAAUAUUUUCAAUUUUUAUCCCCAAUCCUUUGUAUUAAGAUUAUUAUGGUAAAUGCAAAUAAUAUUGAAAUCAUUUUAUCUUUUGAAAUUAAAAGAGAAUGUAUGAAUUAAGGUUCUUCAAAGGUUCAACAAUCGGGUAUAAUUCAGUGGUCUAAUUGGUAAAGCGCCUACCUCCUCAAACGGGUGUUCCCGUAUUCGACCCACCUAAUUUGCCAAGGAAAAAAAAAAAAAAAAAAUUCAAAAA